UCUUCCAGUUUUUCUCUCUAACAUGUUGAGUGACCGUCUACCUGCAGGUGAUGGGAUCAGGGAUUACCCCUAUGAAGAUSUCAAGCUGUCCACUAUGUGUCUUCCUAUAAGGCCCCCAGGUCCAAAGUUUUCUCCUAAAGGUCAGACGUUGCAUGGAUACGCUGGGAAAGUGGACAAGAAAAUAUUUCAGGUGUUGGCGUCCAAAUCCUCAACUUUUACAGAAUCUGCUAAACCACCAUCGCCUCGACACAGCAGCGCUCAGAAAGUCCACAGGACUCCUCAGUAUAUCUCCAAGAUUGAGACCAUUUUUGAUGACAAACGAGGCAGAAAAAGAGUGAAGAACCCAGGGCCCUUUGCACGAGCAGAGGAGACCAGUGGGACGGAGAGCGAUCCAGAAGACAACACUGACGCAGGAAGAUCUGUUUACAUCCAGUCCACACUGAGGCGACGGCCCGGGUAUCGCACCCUGGAGAGGGACCUGAUCCAGCUGCAGCAGCAGAAGCAGCAGCUCUUCCAGAUCUUCGUGGUCGUGUCACUACGGAAAAACGCCACAGGAAACACGUACUGCCCUGAAAUUACUCAGCAGUUCCCAAAAAUGUUUGAAAAGUCGUCCCGUCUCUCUAGAGAAGCUGAGGAUCAACUCAACGUGAUUCCCAAGUUCUGCUUCCCGGAUCCCCAGGACUGGAAGCCAUCUGCACACACACCCAGUGAGACGUUCUCUUUUGUCCUCACCGGAGAAGAUGGGAGUCGCUGGUUUUGUUACUGCCGUAAGAUCCUGCCCAGUGGAAAGGGGAAGAGGCUUCCUGAGGUGCACUGCAUUGUCAGCAAGUUGGGCUGUUUCAACCUGUUUGCUAAGAUCCUGGAGGAGGUGGAGCGGCGCAGAGAGAUUUCUCCGCCUCUGGUUUAUACGUUCAUGCGCAGCGUGAUGGAGGCCCCGUUCCCGGCCCCUGGACGCACCGUCACUGUCAAGAGCUUCCUCCCUGGCUCUGGGAAUGAGGUUCUGACUCUGUGCCGACCCGUGGACUCCAGGCUGGAGCAUGUGGACUUUGGCAUUCUGCUGCAGUGUCUCAGUGUGGGGAAACUCCUGCAGGUGUUCGCUUCCCUCCUGCUGGAGAGRAGAGUCAUCUUUGUUGCUGAUAAACUCAGUGUGCUGUCCAGGUGUGGCCACGCCGUGCUGGCGCUGCUCUACCCCUUCACCUGGCAGCACACAUUUGUCCCGGUGUUACCAGCCAGCAUGCUGGACAUCAGCUGCUCUCCUACACCGUUCCUCAUCGGUGUGCUGGCUCCGUGUUUGCCAGAGGUGCUGGAGCUGCCCAUCGAGGAGGUUCUCAUUGUGGAUCUGUGUGCUGACAGAUUUGUCAUACAGCUCGGAGAUGAAGAUUGCAUUCUGCCCAGCAAACUUCAAGCGGCGCUGCUGCAGGUCCUGGAGGACAGAGAGGACAUCCUGAGACAGGACAGUAGAGACACAUUUGAAGAGUGUCCAGCCGACCUGAGCGCCCUGCUGUCCGAGGCUUUCGUCCGGUUCUUUGUGGAGCUGGUGGGCCACUAUCCUCUGCACAUGGUGGAGGCUGCCAGAGGAGCCAAGGAGCUGCAGAGAGAAAGCUUUCGCAAGUCUCACCCCUCACGCGGAGUUCGGCAGUUCCUGCAGCUCUUUAUGGAGACACAGAUGUUCGCCGGCUUCAUCCAGGACAAAGAGCUGCGCAAGGGAGGAGGCAGAGGGCUCUAUGAGUCCAGAGUGGCCGAGUAUCUGGAUUCGUGUCUAGAACCCGAGCCGAGUGGCGUGAACAAGUUUCUCAAAGGACUGGGAAACAAGAUGAAGCUGCUCCAGAUGAAAUGACAGAAAACAUUCAGUAAUCACUCACCAGAGGAGAGACUCCAGGUUUAAAACCAGAGCAAGCGUUUCUGCUGGCUGGCUCAAGGAACCAUAUGUGGAAAGUCUUCAUGCCGGGUUGGGAACCUGCAUGUCCGAUGGCACCACACACACUUCACCUCGGAUCAGAACUCGGAACUGGAAACACUUUACUGUCCGUCUCCUCCUCGGAGCCGCUCAAUGAGAGCCAGGCGGUGAGAGUCCAACAACGCUCCAACCUGUGGUUGUGAUUAUGAGCUCCAUUUUAAUGGAAACUAUUUACUUUGAACUUCCAGUCAGGAACAUGUAACUUAUCAGUCCUGUAAGUACUUUAAAAUUGUGAAUGAYGUGUGUGGUUCCAACCUGGAGGAUUUUAUUCUCUUUUAAGUACAAUCCGUUAUUCUUGCUUUUCUUUCUACUUAAAACUAAAAUUUUUCUGCUUGAUUUUUCUCUAAUAAUUUACAUUUGAGAUCCAACUGAAGGGUCUCGACUCUCGCAACGUUUACUAUGUGAAUUUAAUGUUUGGUUUUGUACCUGCUGUCCUUGAAUUUCUUCAAAUGAACGUAUUUUUCUUUUUUUUUUUUUACAUUUUGCACAUGUUCAAGACUGUUGUACAGURUUAGUAAAAUGUUUUUUUAUAAA